AUGUCUAAAGCAUUUGAUAGAUUAGAAUGGUCUUUUAUUCAUAAUGUUUUUAAAAAGCUUGGAUUCUCCGAAGAUUGGUGCAAGAUGGUUUAUCAGUGUAUUAGUAUUGUGUCUUACUCGGUCCUGGUUAAUGGUUCUCCUGGUGAGACCUUUCUCCCUACUCGGGGCAUUAGGCAGGGUGAUUGCCGUUCGCCUGAUAUUUUUAUUUUGUGCAUGGAAGUUCUGUCUCAGUUGUUCCUAAAAGCUGAAGAAGAGAAAUUGAUUCAGGGUUUUAAGUUCAAGAAAAAUAGUCCUUCUAUUUAUCAUCUGUUUUUUGCAGAUGAUUCUAUGUUGUUUGUCAAAGCUUCUGUCACUUAUGCUAGGAAUAUUCUCAAUAUUAUUAAUGUUUUUGCUAAGGCGUCAGGUCAGGCGAUAAAUUUUGAAAAAUCAGGUUUUAUUACUAGUGGUAAAAUGCAUCAUAGGCACAUUAAAAUUUUAUCUAAAACUCUUAAAAUGAAGUUUCUUAGUAGUUCUGAAAAAUAUUUAGGAACUCCCCCUAUUUAUAGAUUGAAUUCUUCUAAGAAAACCAAUUUAAAUGUUGCUGGAAGAACAUUUGUUACUAAGCAUGUGUUGUCUAGUUUAUCGGUUUAUCAUAUGGCUUGCUUUCCUCUGCCGAAAUAUGUUACUUCAAAAAUUGAUUCUAUUCAGAGAACAUUCUGGUGGUCUAAAAAGAAUCCUAAACAUGUUGCAUAUUAUCAUUCUUGGGGUGAUAUAGGAAAAUCUAAAUUGAGUGGUGGCUUAGGUAUUAGGAACACUUAUGUUACUAAUAGGGUCUUUAUCUGUAAACUUGGUUGGAGAUUAAUGAAUAAUCCAAAUAUUUUGCUUACUUCCUUCUUAAAAGAUAAGUAUUUUCCAAAUCAGAACUUGUUAGAAAUUGACAAGGCAGCUGAUUCUUCAUCUUGGAUUUGGAAAGGCAUUGUAAAUGGGUUACAAUUCAUUAUGGCUAAUUCAGUGGUAAAGAUAAAUAAUGGGGCUUCCUCUCAUAUCUGGAGUUCAAACUGGAUUUCAGGGUAUAGUAAUACUCCAGUUUCUUUUAACCCUAGUACAUUAAUCAUAUAUUUGUUAAUGAACUCUUGGACUAUCAUAAUAACUGUUGGAAUGUUAAUCUGUUAUCUACAUUGUUCUCGCCUGAUGAAGUAA